AUGGAAAAAACCACAAUGACUGAUAAGUACAGCAUUGAAUCCGCUGAAACUUUGGCAAACCAAGCUCAGGGUUUGCCUAUUGCGGAAGCCACACCUAUAUACGAGCAGCUUCUGCAGUUAUUUCCAACAGCUGCCAGGUUUUGGAAGCAGUAUGUGGAGGCACACAUGGCUGUAAAUAACGAUGAUGCUAUCAAACAGAUUUUUAGUCGAUGUUUGUUGAACUGUCUUCAAGUUCCUCUCUGGCGGUGUUACAUUCGUUUCAUCAGAAAGGUUAAUGACAAGAAGGGGACAGAGGGUCAAGAAGAGACAAAAAAAGCUUUUGACUUUAUGCUCAAUUAUGUCGGAGCAGACAUAGCAUCUGGCCCUGUGUGGAUGGAAUACAUAUCCUUUCUAAAAUCAUUGCCGUCUGUGCACCCACAAGAAGAAUCACAUCGGAUGACUGUUAUUAGAAAAGUCUAUCAGAGGGCUAUUAUCAAUCCUACCCAUCAAAUUGAACAACUUUGGAAAGAUUAUGAAAAUUUUGAAAAUUCCGUCAGUCGCCAGUUGGCUAAAGGACUGGUAUCUGAAUAUCAACCAAAGUAUAAUAGUGCGAGGGCAGUUUACCGGGAAAGGAAAAAGUAUUUUGAUGAAAUUGAUUGGAAUAUGCUCGCUAUACCACCGACUGGAUCCUCAAAGGAAGAAAUGCAGUGGAUGGCAUGGAAAAGACUUCUAUCUUUUGAAAAAGGAAAUCCACAGAGAAUAGACACCGCUUCCUCCAACAAACGAGUUAUAUUUACUUAUGAGCAGUGUCUGAUGUAUAUGUACCAUUAUCCUGAUAUAUGGUACGACUAUGCAACAUGGCACGCCAAAGGUGGCUCGAUAGAUGCUGCCAUUAAAGUAUUUCAAAGAUCUCUGAAGGCUCUUCCUGAUUCGGAAAUGCUACGAUAUGCUUACGCAGAGCUAGAGGAAUCCCGUGGAGCAAUCCAGGCUGCAAAGAAAAUACACGAAAACCUUUUGGGAGAUGGUGAAAAUGCAACUGCACUUGCACAUAUUCAAUUCAUUCGUUUUCUAAGAAGAACUGAAGGUGUUGAAGCUGCAAGGAAGUACUUUCUGGAUGCUCGCAAAUCCCCGACUUGUUCAUAUCAUGUUUACGUUGCUUAUGCGUCCGUAGCUUUCUGUCUUGACAAGGAUCCUAAGAUGGCUCAUAACGUUUUUGAAGCCGGAUUAAAACGCUUUAUGCAUGAGCCGGUCUAUAUUCUCGAAUAUGCCGAUUUCUUGACGCGUUUGAAUGAUGACCAAAAUAUACGUGCUUUAUUUGAGAGGGCAUUGAGUUCACUUCCUCCAGAGAAAUCGGUUGAGGUUUGGAAAAGGUUCGUUCAGUUUGAGCAAACUUACGGGGAUCUUUCCAGCAUGCUCAAGGUUGAGCAAAGAAGAAAAGAAGCGUUUGGCGAAGAUGCAACGACAGCAUCAGAGAGUUCUCUGCAAGAUGUCGUAUCACGUUAUAGUUUCAUGGAUCUAUGGCCGUGCUCUUCUAAUGACCUUGAUCAUUUGUCCCGACAAGAGUGGCUUGCCAAAAAUCUCAGUAAGAAAGUCGAGAAGUCUAUUAUUCCUAACGGCACGGCUCUUACCGAUAAGAGAUCUGUUGAGAACAUUUCAAAUACGUCGUCAAAGGUUGUCUAUCCUGAUACUUCGAAGAUGUUGAUAUAUGAUCCAAAGCAGAAUCCGGGUACAGGUGCUAGCACAAAUGCAUUCGAUGAAAUUCUUAAAGCUACACCGCCUGCUUUGGUUUCAUUUUUAGCAAACCUACCCACAGUCGACGGUCCAACUCCAAAUGUGGAUAUCGUGCUAUCGAUUUGUUUGCAGAGCGACCUUCCAAUUGGUCAAAGUGGUAAAACUGGGAUGCCAGGAGGUCCUGCUCCUGCUACAAGUGAAUUGUCCGGUUCAAGCAAGUCUCAUCCUGUUCAGAGUGGUUUGUCGCAUAAAUCAAUCGGUCGAAAGCAUUAUGGGAAAAGAAAAGAUUUAGACAGACAAGAAGAUGAUGAUACUACAUCUGUUCAAAGCCAACCACCUCCUCGGGAUGCUUUCCGGAUACGACAGUUCCAGAAAGCUCGAGCCAAUAGCACAUCACAAACGGGAUCAGUUUCAUAUGGAAGUGCACUUUCUGGUGAUUUAUCCGGCAGCACCGGUUGA